AUGCGAACCUUAUGGCUGGCCGCCGCACCCGUCAUCAUUGCUGUCCUAUGGCUAUAUACUAGUGUCCUGACAUCCUCGUUCCCAAUGCUUCGCAACAAGCGUAUAUGCCUCCUGAUCGCUCAUCCGGAUGACGAAGCAAUGUUUUUCGCUCCUACGGUCCUUGCACUUACAAAGCCUUCGCUCGGCAACCAUGUCAAAAUCCUUUGCUUGAGCUCCGGAGAUGCCGACGGCCUUGGUCACAUUCGCAAGCAAGAACUAGUUAAGAGUGGACUGUUACUCGGCCUCAGAAACGCAGACGACGUCCUGGUGUUGGACGACGAAAGAUUUCCAGAUUCAAUGACGAAAACAUGGGAGAGCAAAGCAAUCGCGAAUCUACUGGCCACGACCUUUGCACCAAAGAUGGCAAGAAUAGGAGCGAAAUCUGCCCCGGAAGCCAACAUUGAUGUUCUGAUCACUUUCGACAACUCCGGCGUUUCUUCACAUCCAAACCAUAUCUCGCUCUAUCACGGUGGUAUCGCUUUCCUGAAGCAGAUCAUGCAGAAGCAUGCAGGUUGGGAGAAUCCGAUCAAGAUGUACACAUUAUCAUCUGUCAACGUAGCGAGAAAGUAUGGCAGUAUCUUGGAUGCCCCAUUGAGCAUUGCAAAGACAGUGUUCCAGAAGAAGGAAGCUGGUGAAUUCCCCACACCGCUUUUAGUUGUCAGUGGCGUGGGCAGUUAUAGAAAAGCCCAAAAGGCCAUGACAAACGCGCAUGAGAGUCAGAUGAGGUGGUUUAGAUGGGGCUGGAUCAGCGUGUCGAGAUAUAUGGUUCUGAACGACCUGAAGAAAGUCAAAGCUGUGUAA